AAAUGACUGCCGAGAGUUAUUUUGCUCAUCAUCAAAGGAUUCAGUCACGACCCAGACCUAUCUCACCGGCACCUCGUGACCAUGAAGAUUUACGACGCCGGAUUGAACGAAAUCGUAUGUCAAGACAUAGUGCUGAAGAAAUUGAGGUUCUCCACAAACGAUUGGCUGAAAUUGAGACUCGACAGAAGUCACAAGAAGAUUCUCCCCGACAUGUCUCGACGUCGGGAAAUGUUCUUAUUGAAGCCGACUCGCCUUUAGCUCCAGAACUUACUGCAGAGGCGCUCCCUGCUAAGGUAAAGAUUCCACAAAUUGGCAUGUAUGACGGAACUUCGGAUCCAGACGCGCAUUUGGGUCAUUAUACGUCAUGGAUGGACUUGCAUGGAGCCUCAGACGCUUUGAGAUGUCGGAUGUUUUCACUGACACUGGGGCCGCGGGCGCAAAAGUGGUACUACACACUUCCACCUCAUUCAAUUUGGAAGUGGCAACAGUUACGCGCAGCUUUCCGAUCACAUUUUAUCGGAACUCAAGUUUGCCUUAUCCCAAAAGAAUCGAUCACUAAUAUCGUCCAAAAGGAUGACGAAACCUUAAAGGACUACGUAUCUCGGUUUAAUGACCGAAUUCAGAACAUGGAACCCUGUCACCCUGAGACUCUGUUAGUGACUGCAAUCGCCGGAUUAAAGCCCAAUUCGAUGUUCCGCUGGACCUUAUGUCAGAACAAGCUGGCUACUUUUCAAGAAUUCCUCGUACGAGCUCAACAAUUCAUCAUCGCCGAGGAGUCGAUGUCGGUCCCUAGUUUUGAUUUCUCGGUAAAGGAGAAUAAGA